AUGUCGGACAACCCACAACCCACCCAGGAGGAUAUCGACCGCAAGAAACCAGCCGAGAACGAACCGCUACUCCCCCAGGCCUCCACCUCGGCAUCCACGGCCGACAGACCGCGCACGGUCAGACAUCACCGCAGGGCCCUCUCCGGUCGUUCGACGAGGUCCGGGCUUUCCGGGCAGAUUUCGUUCGGGCCGAGUUACAACCCGAACAUCUACCCCUCCGUCAACGACCCCUUCACCCGACAGGCCAAGCAAGCAGCCGACGGCAGAGCUCGCUCACGUUUCCUAAAAGCUCUGCUGGUUGGAAUCGGAUUAUGGAUUGUUGUCGGCCUGGUCUUCGGCUGGGCUGGGUUACAUCGGGCUGGUUGGAGUCAAGGCAACAAUCGAGCUGACUAUGGUGCAAAGCCAUCGGUACCUCGAUCGGAUGGCCGAGCGAUUUGGUGUGCGAAAUUCGACACUCCCCAGGCGAUCAUGGGCAAGUCGAGGAUGCCAGGCGAGACCCUGAGAUCGAAGGCCACCCUCUCCAUCCCACUCGGUGACCGAGACAGCUUCUUCAUUCACGGCCAGGGCAGCUUUGCCAAAGGUCGCAUCUCCAUCGGCACCACUGACUCGCAAGAUAUCCAGAUCCAGCUGGCCGCCUUGACCAACGACGAGGCCUUGAUCGAUCUGAUGACCGUUUGUCAUGUCAGUGCUAGCCCGGCUCAAAAUCAACUCUCGGGUGGUGGGCGGAACGUCGGUUUGGGAAUCUAUACCCCUGCGCCCGAAGUUGGACCGUAUCCGGAUUCGGAUCUGGAAUUUAAUAUUCAAGUAAAUCUGCCGAAGAACGUAGCACUGAUGGACAAGCUGUCAGUCCAAGCGGAUCAAUUCGGGCUCACCACGGCCGACUUAGCCGGGCUCUCGAUCGCCCAAGUGGACAUCACCACCGCAGUAGCACCGAUCAGGAUCGAGGCGCUCGUCAGCGAGACCAUCACGAUCAGGACGAACAAUGGACACAUCGAAGGUGCAUUCAAGAUCAGCAAGGCAUUGAACUUGGCCACCACUAAUGGGGCCAUCGUUGCCAAUGUCGCUUUGGCUCUCCCGAUCAACAAAUCAUCUGAUGCACUCCUUCAUACUCCAUCCGAAAUCUCCAAUCGAACCUUCUCUUUCGGCAGCAAUGAUCAGCCUUCAGUCAGCGUAGAUAUUGCCACUAUCAAUGGCGCAGUCGCCGUGAACUACGUCGAGCAUCCGGCUGAUAUGAAACUAUUCAGCUACGUGAAAUCUACCAACGGCCGUGCACACGUUGAACAUGCGCCCGCCUAUGAAGGCGAAUUCGAGGUCGAGACUACUUGGGGUUCUGCGGAUGUCAAAGGCCCGCUGACCAAAGAUGACCCUUCCGGGCUGACGCGAGCGCGGCAAAAGCUGAUCAAAAGCAACCGCGACGAGCUCGGAUUCCGGCACAUCUCUGGCUUGGUUUGGUGGGGCGAAGACGACCAAAAAACGCGCGAGGAGAAAGCCAACCUGGGCCAUUCUCUUGUCAAGACGACCUUAGGAUCCGCCCGUGCAAUCUUCCAAUAA